UGUCACCCACCAACGCGGAGGUCCCACAUGGGGGGAUACUUACCCCUUCCAGACCCUUCCUGAGGAAAUCAAGUUUCCUUCCAUGUGGCAGGAGUAAUUUUUAUAUUUGUUUGGCCUUGUGACCGAUGGGAUGGGAAGUUGGGGGGGAAGUGGAGAGGAGAUGGCAGUUUUAACCGAGAAAAAAAAACCUUAGUAGAAACUCUGCCUUCUUCGGGCGUGUCCCUCUUCUGGGCAUCUCUUCAGGAUUUCAUUCCUCCGUCCAACUGCCGUUCAUAACUGCCCUUUCCAACGGCUCCAGAACUCUUGGCCUGGGCAUUCCGUGAUGUAAAUUAUUCCACGCAUGGCUCGAAAUGGGUGCGAAGCAAUGUUGCCAGGUGUCGGAUCACUAGUUUGUCAUGGAUGAUGAUGACGACUCGUGUCUCCUUGAUCUUAUUGGAGACCCACAAGCGUUGAACUAUUUUCUACAUGGACCUAGUAAUAAAUCGAGCAAUGAGGACUUGACUAAUGCAGGAUAUUCUGCAGCCAAUUCAAAUUCGAUUUUCGCCAACUCUAGUAAUGCUGAUCCUAAGUCAGCCCUCAAAGCUGUAAGCAGCCAGCUUGGAGAAGGGCCCAGUGAUGGACUGCCACUUUCAAGUAGCCUUCAGUUUCUCGAAGAUGAACUUGAGUCUUCUCCUCUUCCUGAUCUCAGUGAGGACCAACCUUUCGACAUUCUUCAGAAAUCCUUGCAGGAGGCCAAUAUCACUGAACAGACAUUGGCAGAAGAGGCAUAUCUGGACGCCAGUAUAGGUUCGAGCCAACAGUUUGCACAAGCUCAGCUUCAUCCCUCUUCAUCAGCAUCCUUUACUCAGGCUUCUAAUGUUUCUAAUUACUCAGGUCAGACACUGCAGCCUAUCGGGGUGACUCAUGUGCCUGUUGGCACGUCGUUUGCAAGCAAUACGGUGGGUGUGCACCAUGGCUUUAUGCACCACGUGGGGAUCAGUGUGCCCAGCCAGCAUUUGUCUAAUAGCAGCCAGAUUAGUGGUUCUGGUCAAAUACAGUUAAUUGGGUCAUUUGGUAAUCAACCUUCCAUGAUGACUAUUAAUAACCUAGAUGGAUCACAAAUAAUACUAAAGGGUAGUGGGCAGCAAGCCCCCUCAAAUGUGAGUGGAGGGCUUCUCGUUCACAGACAGACUCCUAAUGGCAACUCCUUGUUUGGGAACUCCAGUUCCAGCCCAGUAGCACAGCCUGUCACUGUUCCGUUUAACAGCACAAAUUUCCAAACAUCUUUACCUGUGCAUAACAUCAUCAUACAAAGGGGUCUUGCACCAAAUUCAAAUAAAGUCCCAGUUAAUAUCCAGCCAAAGCCUAUCCAGAUGGGUCAGCAAAACACAUACAAUGUGAACAACUUGGGAAUACAACAGCACCAUGUUCAGCAAGGGAUCUCAUUUGCCUCUGCAAGCUCACCCCAGGGCUCAGUGGUUGGUCCGCACAUGUCCGUGAACAUCGUAAACCAACAGAACACAAGGAAGCCCGUCACCUCGCAGGCUGUGAGCAGCGCUGGGGGCAGUAUCGUUAUUCAUUCUCCCAUGGGCCAGCCUCACACACCCCAGAGUCAGUUCCUCAUACCUACAAGCCUUUCUGUCAGUUCCAACUCGGUACACCACGUCCAGACCAUCAAUGGGCAGCUUCUUCAGACUCAGCCCUCUCAGCUCAUUUCCGGCCAGGUGGCCUCAGAGCAUGUCAUGUUGAACAGAAACUCUUCCAACAUGCUCAGGACCAAUCAACCAUAUUCUGGACAGAUGCUGAACAACCAGAGUGCCGCCGUCCAGUUAGUGUCUGGGCAGACAUUUGCCGCCUCCGGAAGCCCGGUGAUUGUCAACCACGCCUCUCCUCAGAUCGUCGGCGGACAGGUGCCUUUGCAGCAGGCAUCACCCACCGUCUUGCACCUGUCCCCUGGGCAGAGCAGCGUCUCCCAAGGAAGACCUGGCUUCACCACCAUGCCCUCGGUGACAAGCAUGGCAGGACCUAGUCGGUUCCCUGUUGUCAGUUCGUCCAGCACUGCCCAUCCUAGUCUUGGGUCUGCGGUUCAGUCUGGUGCAUCAGGAUCAAACUUUACGGGAGAUCAGCUGCCCCAGCCCAACAGGACUCCAGGACCGGUCAGUGUAUCCCAUCGUCUUCCAGUUCCUUCUUCCAAGUCUACCAGCACCUUCAGUAACACACCCGGAGUAGGAAGCCAGCAACAGUUCUUCUGUCAGGCUCAGAAAAAAAGCUUGAAUCAGACUUCCCCCAUUUCUGCUUCCAAGACCACAGAUGGCCUGAGGCCAGCACCCAUGCCAGGCCUCUUGAGCACCGCACUGCCAGGGCAGGAUUCUGGAAGCAAAGUUAUACCAGCGUCCUUAGGAACUACACAGCCCCAACAGGAAAAAGUCGUUGGAUCACCUCCUGGCCAGCCAGCGGUGCAGAAGGGACUAAGAAGAGGUGUGUUUUGUCCUCAGGUGGAUGGUCAUCCAGGAGGACAGAAGAGGCCUGCUGCCAAACAGCUGACUAAAGGAGCUUUCAUUCUCCAGCAGUUACAGAGGGACCAAGCCCUUGCGGUGACGCCUGACAAAAGCCAGUUCCGGUCGCUCAGUGACGCGGUGCAGAGGCUGCUCUCCUACCAUGUGUGCCAGGGCUCCAUGCCCACGGAGGAGGACCUGAAGAAAGUUGACAAUGAAUUUGAAACAGUUGCCACUCAGCUCCUGAAAAGGACCCAAGCUAUGCUUAACAAGUACAGAUGCCUGCUCUUGGAGGAUGCCAUGCGGAUCAACCCCUCCGCUGAGAUGGUGAUGAUCGACAGAAUGUUCAACCAGGAGGAAAGAGCUUCUCUGUCCCGGGACAAGCGUCUGGCACUCGUAGACCCCGAGGGUUUUCAGGCUGAUUUCUGUUGUUCCUUCAAACUCGAUAAAGCUGCCCAUGAGACGCAGUUCGGCCGGAGUGACCAGCAUGGCGGUAAAACAACAAGUUCUGUGCAUCUGACGGCCAAGGCCCAGGGCAGAGACCGAGGCAAAGCAGGCCUGGCAGAACCAACGAAUCAUGACCAGUUUCAUCUAGUGCCUAAUCACAUCGUGGUCUCUGCAGAAGGAAACAUUUCUAAAAAAACCGACUGCCUCAGCAGAGCACUGAAAUUUGACAAAGUGGGCUCCGCUCAGUACCGGAGUGCAUCUGAAGAGAAAACCAGCCGGAGAGACUCCACAAAAGGCAGCGAGUGCUCCCCCGGCCCUGAAGGCCACCGGAAAAACUUAUCCAGAGCAGAUCACGGUCCUGACAGCAAACUCUCAAGCCUCCUCGUAGAUUCGCACCUGGAGAUGACCUGUAAUAGCUCCUUCCAGGACAAGACACUGCGGAAUUCUCCAAAGAAUGAAGUUUUACACACAGACAUCAUGAAAGGGUCAGGCGAGCCCCAGCCCGAUCUCCAGCUCACUAAGAGUUUAGAAACGACAUUUAAGAACAUUUUGGAACUCAAAAAGGCUGGGCGGCAGUCCCAGAGUGACCCCACGGUUAGCGGCUCUGUCGAGUUAGAUUUCCCCAACUUUUCUCCAAUGGCUUCGCAGGAAAACUGCCUGGAAAAGUUCAUCCCGGACCACAGUGAAGGCGUCGUAGAAACUGACUCUAUUUUAGAAGCAGCUGUAAAUAGUAUCCUAGAGUGUUAAUAGCGCAGUCCUCCCCGCACCCGCCCCGAGACCCCGCCCCGGACAAGUUACAUUCUUUCCUGGCAAAAGCAAUGGAAACGGUCUCCUGUCUCCAGCCUGCUUGAUCUCUCAUCACAGGUUAUUCUUUCUAAUUUCAAUCCCAUUCUUUGUUUAAGAGCAAUACUCGUGGUUACAGGGAGAUCUUUCAGUAAAGCUGAUCAUUAUUAGAAAGCAGUCUGAUAGGCCCUAUACAUUUCAAGUGUUUUCAAAGUGCUUAUCGUCAUUUUUUUGUUUGUUUAUUUUUUUUCCCAAACACUGUAAUUCAAUGAGAUCACAGUAUACUUGGCCCUAGGUAAAAUUCUGACAAUCAUAAGUCAUUUGAAAAGAACAGACUUUAUUACAGAAAAUCAAACAGGACUGUUAGAAGAUACUUUUUAAAGAAUAUCCCCAUUGUAUCUCCAAAUUUGGGCUUUGAGGGGGGUGGGUCUCGGGGUUGUCGUGGGCCAGGAGACCGCACGGCUCUCCCCCCGGCCAUCUGUGAGCAGUUAGCCCCGGCUGCUCCGCUGGGACCCACAGCCCCGGCCUGAGCACCUGGAGCACACAGCAGGGCUUCCUGUUCGUUCAAGUGCUUUUCUGAUGCUCCCUGAGCAAAGCCUCACCUCUUCAGCAUAUCCACGUUGAAUUUCAUCUAGGGAAAACUGUUUUGAGUUGCGACAGCAUGACUUGAGAUAAUCUCACCAGGCAAAAUAAAGGAAAAAUGGAAACUAGAUAAGUGGCACAGUGUACGGGGGAGGCCAGGAUCGAGCCUUGAGGAAUAUAAUAUGUAUAUAUGUAAAAGCAUAUAUAUGAUGUUCACUGUUGAGAAAAAAGCAAGCGUUUUGCAUUCUACAAUUGGAUCUAGUCAACAUACAAUGUAUGUUUCUGUUGGUUGCUGGGUUUUGUUUCAUUCAGCCUCUCUUUGCACCCCCUCCCACAACAAAUAGCCAAGUGUCAAAAGCACUUUCAUUUAAAAACUGUGUUAUAAUUUUUCAGUUUAAAUGUUAAGGGGACUUUGGCCUUGUUUCUGCUUCUUGUUGUCUGAGAACAGUAGUCACACCCCCCCGCAGCAAUCAUUACCAAAACAUAGACAAACCAAAGGUAACCAGCCAGCCCACCACUGAAAGGAAAGAUCUGAGACCCGGAUGCCCACUGGAGAGCCAAAGGACACGCCCCGUCACGGUUUCUGUUUGGCCCAUGUUCAUGUUCAUCGAUGUGACUUAUUGCUUUAUUUAUUUAUAUUUCUUUUCAGGGAGCUUUCCCCAUUUACCUUUCUUGUACGCCUGCCCCAGGUCCUCCCAUUUCUGUUGUCCCUUUCAUUCUCAAGGUCACUGCAACCGUCAGUGUCCCCUAGCACUGGGACCGCUACACGUGGCGUUCCGUGUGUGCUGUCUGACAUACGUGUGUGCGUGUGUCUGGGCUGUUCAGGUACAGAGGUUAUUUUGGCUACAGCAUGUACACAGUCACCCUCCCUCUUAUGUGGACAGGCUCUCAUCUCUUCUGUCCAUCUCUCUGGCUUUAGAGGAACUCCCACUUGUCUUCACUCUAACACGUUGCCAAGAUCUACUUCUGGCCUUCCCCAAAAUGAGGACAACCCCCUGUCAUCAUGUUGGGCAUUUCUUUUCCGAAUUGGCCUGCAAUGGAAAGGAGGGCUUCUGAUUCCUAGAAAACACAACAACAGAAGACCUAGACUCUCCCUGCCCCUGAGUGCCCGUCCCCCCCACCAACACACAGAGAAAUCCUGGGAGACCACCAGGAUUCACAAAAGCAAAAUACCUUCUCCCCCCUUCCACCCCUGAGCCAAUAGAAACCGGAAAAUCUGGGCCAUUUCACAGUUGCCAUGUUUUCCUUAUUUGUGCCAAUGUCCAAGUUGCAGACUUCCCCUUUUUUCCCAUAUUGUAACAUAUUAGAAAGAUAAGUUGGUAUUGCCAGUUGGAACUUUGUGUUUGGGCAGCCCUGGGAUAACACCCGCUCUGAACCCCUUGAUGUCACAGGCUCUUCUCCUAGGGCUCAUGCUCCCCUAAUUGCUAGCAAGACUUAAAGGUGGUUCCUCCUGAUCAAAUUCUUCUCAUUGUGGAAAUUUAUACCCGGAAGCCUUCUUGGAGGCUACUAAUGAGUUACAUUAAUUACUGAAUCAGUGGAAUUCUUAAGAGACAAGAUAGAUUCAUGUGUAUUUGUCACCUCUUUUCUUCCCUACCCUGCCCUGCUACCCCAGUCCCAGCUUUUCAAUAUGCCAUCUUAAAGGGAUUUUUAAAGACUUGACACUUGUCUAGAAAGCAGAGAGCCUAAUUUACCAAAAUGAAACUUGUAAAUUUUUGUGUCCUUGUAUGUAAGUUUACUUUUAACGGAGGAAAGAUUCUAGAUAAUGACAAAUGACGAUUACGAAAUGUAUUUUAUUCCCGUGAUUAGGUCAUAACUCGCAUGUCGAGGCCCCUCUGGUGGAGGGUGAGAGCUCAGCCUCGGAUGGCCAACAUUCAGUUGUUAAGGUUCAUUAGUCAAAGUUAAGUUUUAGAGCUACUCGUACUCAGUAACAAAAAUCAUUUUCUUUUCUUUUUUUUUUUUUUUCUUUCUGUUGUUGUUGUGGAAGAGUGUGAAUUUGUUAUUAAGAAUUUGAUUUUCUGUGUCCUUAAGUACUGCCUAAAGAUAAAGCAAAUUUUAAACUGGCAAUUACGAAAAAGAACUAUUUUAGUGCUGAAGAAUUUAGUAGACUUUGUUAGAUUAGGGAGGCCUUACAGACUGACUUGACUUAAAGAGGACGCGUCACUCACUGUCAGUGUGGUGUGGGCUUUAUUUGCUUAAAUACCUUCAUUUGUAUAGUAUGUCUCACUUGAAAUUGCUUUGUAUACAUUUUGUAAAAAUAUUUAUAAAAUGUUUUGUAAAAAAAAGUAUAACAAAUUGCAGUUUAUUUUGUUAUGUUGGAUAAAUACUGUUAAAAGAAACCAGUCAGUAACUAUAUUGUUAAUCCAUGGUUAGGAAAUGUUUAGUUGGAGAUUACAAAAUGAAACAACCAUUGCAAUACAGCCAAAGAUUUGGGAAAAUGUGCAA